CGUGACGUUCAUAACAGAGGCAAGUCCGAACAAAUAUCUCCCUACGCGUAAUAAUUAUAAGAUACAGCAGCCUUAUAAAGAAGUCGAUUUAACGUAUUUACCCAGCUCAGAGGAUCCCUUUUCGUCUGGAGACAUAGAAAAUUAUAAUGCAAUGUGAACUCUGAUUAUUUUCGCAGUAACCAGUAGAUGAUUCCUUAUUGCUUCUACCUGUCAAAGCGAAAUCCUUCAGUGGACUGAUGAUGAAAACGAUGCAUGCCGAGGAUGAACUGACCAAAGCAGCCGCGACUGGAAACACUUACCAUGUUCAGUUUUUACUAUCUAACGGAGUCAAUGUGAACGGCGUUAACAAAUUCGGUAGAACACCUAUACAGGUGAUGAUGAUGGGUAACACACCUUUGGCUCACCUGCUGCUGGAAUAUGGAGCAGAUCCUAAUGUGCCUGAUCCCGGGACAGGAAGCACUCCUUUGCACGAUGCUGCCAGAACCGGAUUCAUGGACACCGUGCGGCUUUUAAUUCGCUUCAACGCCGAUCCCAAUGCAACAGAUCACAGCAAUUUACGACCUGUGGAUGUGGCACGACAGACUGGCCAUAUGGACGUGGCUGAAUUUCUCAAUCGUAUUUAAAAGUUAAAUACGCUAAAGUUAAAGUUCUUCUUUUUUUUCGUAACUAAAUGUUGAUCACAUAAUAUGACAGGUUUAAAAAAUAAUAAAGGAAUGAGCGCAGCAGUUAUGCACUUUAAUUGUUUAGGAUAAUAUUUGUGACUAAUAAUAAUUUACAAUAUUGUUUGUGGAUUUUUAUGCUGUUUAGAGUAUUAAACAUUUUAAGUAUUUUUAUUCCUGAGAAUUUAUGGUUCACAGUUAUUCAUUUUUAACAGGCCUUCAUGCGGCAUCACUAUCAAAAACUACAGAAAAAAACAACUUUAAUUUUGAAGCAUUAAUGAUAAUAUCACCCUACUAAAAGUGUAUAUCUGGACGCAGCAUUACGGCUAAUGUAUAAAAAUCUUUAUUUAUUAUUAUUAUUUUUUUAAAAAACAUAGGCUAUAGCUAAUAUUUGCAUGAUGAUGGCUAAAUGGAGUUAAGUCUAGGAAAGAUAGCUAACGAAGUUGUCCGUUUAUUGGGUAUGCGCUCAAACCAAAUAACCUAUUAAUAUGUGGCUUAUAUUUUCCAGUUCUCUGAGAAAAUAAGAUAUUUUCGAUAAGUUUAUGAUAAGUUUUUUUAUUAUUAUGUUUUUUUCUUUAUAACCCAUAAUUUGGGUUCUUUAAUCAUUGCCUCGCCAGCUUGAGUGCAAAAUAUUGAUAUUGUGCGGAAAGUUUUUUUUUAUUAUUUAGUUUUCCUCCUAUUGCAAAUAACCAUUGAAACCUAUGAAAGACAGAUUAAAGAAAGAAAGAAAGAAAAUGUAGCUAAUUAUUUAAAGCUUGAUGUAGCCUCGAGACAUUUAGUUACAUUUACCAAAGUGCAAAAGACAAAUGGUUAUUUGAAGAGAACCUAUUAGGCUACUUGAGGGUUUAUCUCUGAAGAGAUUGUUACGUAUUAGCAACGAGACUGCUACGUAUUAGACCGAAUACAACGAGGGGACAAGCAAGGUUGGCUGAUCGAAUCUCAUGAAAGGAACAGAAAAUAAUUCGAUCAGAAAUCAAAGUUAGACAUCCUCCAUUUUGGAAGCAGGAAUAUUAUAAAAGAAACAUGAUACACGGAGAUCUGUUACGAUUCCUCGAGGCAAAAACACUGAAAAGAAAACUAUUUCUGACGCAACCAAAUUUUGUUACAAAUAUGCAUCUGUUCUUCACAAAACUCUGAAAAAGCAAUGUGCUGCUGACUUAAAAUGGAGGGAUUUCAUCAAUGCACUGAAAUAUGGCACAAUGAAUAUCCCACACAAUUUUCAUAGGGGAAAAACAGCAUAUAUUUAUUUGUGGUUAUGAAAUACAUGUAUUUUUAUAUCCAACCAAAAUAUUUAUACUUGUGUUUUGUCCAGAGCCAUUUCUCUCUCUUGCUCUCUCUCCCCUCAGAGCAGUAUCCCCAACUGAGGUUAAUUAAGAGCUCUGCUGUGAUUGGGUGAUGGGAGAGAGAGUAUUUCAACUACAGCUACCCUCAGACCAGUAGUUGGUGGUGGCUAGAUGGUGUGCAGCUGCUGAGGUUUCAUCCUUUAGUUUGCUGAUUUGGUGUCUCUUUCUUUCAAUUGUGUUGAGACUGUUGAAGCAGAGCUUCUGUCCUUUGUCUCAUUGAUUACAUCUAUGACUAAAACUUUAUCUAAAGAGAAGUGAGUGUUUAACUUCUAUUGCCCAUAAAUACUGAGUUUAAAUUCAUUCAAGUCUUUUGUUUUGGGUUUAGUAGGAAGGUGGGUGGCAUUUUGUUUUGCAUUACUUAUUUUCUGCUGUUUAUGUCAGUUUAGGGAGUUAGUUUAAUCUGCUGUAUUUUUUUUUCUUUGAAGCUUAGUUGGGUUGUAGAAGUUAGUUUUGGUAUGUUUGUUAUUUUGGCCUUGCCCCCUUCUGAAGUUAAUACCCUUUUGUUAUUUCUCUGUAAAUAAAAACUCCUCUUUUUGCUGCAUUUGACCGUGGUUGUUUGGGUUAUUGUAGCCAUUCUGGGUCUGAAGAAAGCAUUUUCUCUGCCGUCACACAGUCUCACCACCAACCAUUUCUUAUGCGGUCUUCCCUAGGACUAACGUAGACAGUAACACUUGUAUUUUGAUUUAUCCAAGGUACUUAAAGGUGUAAUAACUGUUGCUACUAUUAAAAGGCACUGAAAAACAAUGUGAUAAUCAAUAGAUCCUGUCCUCUGGCAAUGCUACUAUGCAUUACAUUUUUAAACAAACACCAUU